AAGGGAGUCGUGGCAAGGAACCCAAUGUGACCUCCAAUGUGUCAGAGAUGAUAUUAAAGGGGCCAAGCGGCUCCCUCUUAAUCUUUCCCAGUCAUCUGUCAUCGUGUGACGUAAGGCCGCAGCAGAAGCACCGUUCCACCAAGUUUUUCUUCUUGCUGCAAAACACAUCCUUGCUGUUGGCCAGAGUUUGUGGCAGAUCAACAACAAAAAAAACCCCACACCUGACAUCUCCAUAUUAGCCAUCUCCGUUUGGUAUACCUCUUCGUGGACCCCAUGAAGGAUCGGCUAAAAAUGCUUUUGUGGCUUCUGUUCCUAGUUGCUGUCAUUUUGGGAUCUGAUGGUGAUACAGGCUUGAGGAAGAAAGCCCUUGAGCUGAUGAAGCAAGCCCCACUAAUUGAUGGACACAACGACUUGCCACUGAAGCUGAGAUGGUGGUACCAAAACAAGCUGAACAACAUUAACCUGAGGACACUCAACACCACAGCCACCAACAUCAGGAAGCUCAAGGCUGGCCAUGUUGGUGUUCAGUUUUGGUCAGUGUACGUUCUCUGCGGCGCACAGAACAAAGAUGCCGUGCGCUUAACGCUGGAGCAGAUUGAUGUUGUCAAGCGGAUGUGCGGAGCCUAUGAAGAAUUUGAAUUUGUGACAUCUUCUCAAGGCAUUGCUGAUAUGGACAGUGAAAAGAUAGCAUGUCUCAUAGGCAUCGAAGGAGGGCACUCCAUUGACAGCAGCCUUGCGACUCUGAGAAUGUUUUACGACCUGGGCGUUCGGUACAUGACACUGACGCACACUUGCAACACUCCCUGGGCCGAAACAUCAACAAAGCAACUCCACCAUUUUUAUCCUUCCACUCGGGGCUUGAGCAGCUUUGGCAAAGAGGUGGUGAAGGAGAUGAACCGACUCGGGAUGAUGAUCGACUUAUCCCACACAUCGGACAGGACAGCAAGGGACGCUCUCAAAUUCUCCAAAGCCCCGGUCAUUUUCAGCCACUCUUCAGCCUUCUCCGUUUGCAACCACUCAAGGAAUGUUCCAGACGAUCUUCUGGAAGACCUGAAAAACAACCAUGGGAUCAUAAUGGUGACCUUCCCAACCAAGUUUUUGGCCUGUGAUAACCAACCAGUUGACGUUUCUACAGUUGCAGAUCACUUGGACUACAUAAAGAAGGUUGCAGGCCCAACUUCAAUAGGAAUUGGUGGUGACUACGAUGGAGAAGAUAAAUUUCCAGUGGGUUUGGAGGACGUUUCCAAAUACCCAGUUUUGAUCGAGGAACUGCUCAGGAGGAACUGGACGGAGGAGGAGCUGAAAGCCGUUUUGCGGGAGAACUUCCUCCGUGUUUUCCAGGAAGUGGAAAAGGUGCGGAAGGAGAGUCUGUCCCUGAAUGCAAGUGAAGUGGAAAUCGCUCCGGGAGAAGUCCGGCACCCCUGCCGCUUAGACCUGGUUCCCCCAAUGCCCCGGAGCAUCCCUUCCAAUGGAUUACCUUUGAGAGGGCAACUGAGUAACAUCAUGGUCAUGGCUGCCAUGUAUGUCAUGCUACACUGAAACUAUCUCAGGAAAGAGAACAUACAUUGGUUCCUGGAUGGAGGCCAGUUUGUUCAGAAGCUCCAAAUGCAAUGUAACCAGAUGGCCCAGGAAGUGGAACUUGAUCAGCAACCUCCAUCUCAAUGUUUACCUUUAGUAAAAUCAUGGGAGACGCAUGCAUGAUGCACUUGGAUCAGCAACAGAACAACCCUAAGUGGAUGCAAGUUCCAUUCAGUUCAAAGACUGAAUUUAAGUUCUAAUACAUUAUUGAGGGUUGCACAUCUGUAGGGUUAGGGAC